GCGUCCAAUCAAAUAUUCUGUUUUAUUAACGAUUAGUGUGCCAGGAACGCCUAGUUGUUGACAUUAUUUCCCGAAAACCUGUCCCUGUUUCUACAUGAAAAUGGACAUCAAAGAUAAUUCUGAUGAAGCAAAGAAGUGGAGGGAAUAUUCGAGAAAGCCAUUGGACGAGAAACGAAAACGCUAUAAAUGUGGAGACCAUUAUGUAAUGCUGAAAGACGUUUUACCUUGGUCAAAGUACCACCAAGAAAAUCUGUAUUACUUCAAGUCAAGAAUAGAAAAAGGAAAAGAAAUUUCGAAGAAACACACUGUUGAUAUUAAGCUGAAUGAUAAAGUGUCAUUGUGGACAGGAGAUAUUACAGCUCUUGAAAUAGAUGCUAUCGUAAAUGCAGCAAAUACAACUCUUCUUGGGGGAGGUGGAGUUGAUGGCUGUAUUCAUCGUGCUGCAGGGGAUAAUCUAUUUAAAGAAUGUAGAAAACUGAGAGGAUGUCAAACAGGAGAGGCCAAAAUUACUUUAGGUCACAGACUACCUGCAAAAUAUGUCAUACACACAGCUGGCCCAAUGGGAAAAAAUCGUAUCAAACUACAAGACUGCUAUAAAAACUGCUUACAACUUGCAAAGCAGCAUGGUGUCAAGACACUGGCUUUCUGCUGCAUAUCUACUGGCAUUUAUGGUUAUCCCAACAAGGAUGCCGCUCAUGUUGCCUUGGAAACUGUCCGUCAGUGGCUGGAAACAGAUAACAACAAUGAUAGUGUUGAGCGCAUCAUAUUCUGCACUUUUCUUCCCAAAGACACAGAAAUAUAUGAGAGGUUACUAUUAUGUUACUUCCCUUGUGAAGAUCCACAAAAAGAGGAGAUGUCUCCAGUGUCAUCUAACAACAGAGGAACUGUUUCUCCCUCUGAAUCACCUAACAAAAGGGAGAGUUCUCCUCUCCAUGAGCCACCAGAAGGGGAGGCUGCCCCGCCCUGUGUGCCAUCCAACAAAAGGGAAGCAUCCUCUUCUGGGGCUGCUAUGAAUGAGAAUCCAUCAGUUGAGGGUCCAGCAGUGAAAGUGAUGCCACCUUCUGAUACAGUUGAGAGCCAAAGUGAUGACAAAAUGGACAUACUUGAUCCUUCUAACAUACCGGAUCCUCCAAAGCUAGAGGAUUUUGUUGAAGAAUUAAAUCCUGAGGAGAAACUAGCAAGGCACCAAGGAACUGUUUCUCCCUCUGAAUCACCUAACAAAAGGGAGAGUUUUCCUCUCCAUGAGGCACCAGAAGGGGAGGCUGCCCUGCCCUGUGUGCCAUCCAACAGAAGGGAAGCAUCCUCUUCUGGGAUUGCUAUGGAUGAGGGUCCAGCUGAUAAAGGCCCAGCAGUAAAAGUGAUGCCACCUUCUGAUACAGUUGAGAGCCAAAAUGAGGAGAAGAUGUAGAUACUCGAUCCUUCAAACAUAGCCGAUCCUCAAAAGAUAAAAGAUCUAGGGAGAUGUUAAUCCAACACGUGGCAAAUGAGAAAAAUGCAAGCAUUGAUAGGGACAGGGAUUACUGUGUAAUAGAUUAAAUAAGCACUGUGCUUUGUAAAUCAUGGUAUUUCAUAGCUAAGACAAGUGUAUUUGACUUCUCAGAAAAGUUCCAAGUGUCAAAAUGCAUCCAUAUACAUCAGCUGAAUUGAAUCAGGCCAUUCAGAUAUUUUGAAACUUAUUUUAAAGCUUUAUCACAUUAUUUCUUUUCAAAUAUUGAAUGAAAGUAAUAACAAGGGUGUGGCCCACUAGGGCACUUAAACACAUUUCCUUUGCCCGUUUCAUGUAUAUUGUUUUAUUAGGUUGAAAACCUGUUAAAGUAAAGAGACAUGCAAUUGUAGAUAAACACUAAAAAUAAAGCAAGUUAACUGUGAA